GCAACAAGAAUUUCAUACACAAAGUUUAUUUACUCUUCUGUUAUUGGACUAUUACCAGAGAAUUUAUUAAUAGCAUAUUUAGGAUCGACCAUCAAACAAAUUACCGAUAUUACAAAUGGUCACCAAACUGCAUUUUCAUCAUAUCAAAGAACUUUAUUAAUUAUUGCAAUCGUUGUAGCUGUCAUUUUGACAUUUAUCAGCAAAAAGGUUUUAGGUUCUUCAAAUCCUACAAUCUUUAAUCGUUCAACUAUUUCAAUUUCAUCCUCAAACAAUGUAAUUGAAUCUAUAAAUUCAAAUAAUAAUCAAAAACAAAUUGAAUCUUCUAGAGAUAUUGUAUUAGUAAUCAAAUCAAACUCAACCUCGUCAUCCUCAUUAACACCAAGUAAUAUUUCAUCCUCUUCUUCCAGUUCUGAUAUAAUUUCCUCAAAAGAUUCACCUUAUUCAAUAAAAGUUAGAAAAGAUUAA